GGACCCUAAUAAAGUAAUCACCAGACGCAGUCAAGUUAAAAUAGGCUUCUCCUGCCAGUACCCCAAAGUGGCCAGUGUUUCUAACCACUACAUCAACAAGAAGUCUGACUACAUCUUCACUGAAUCCAGCUUUGGCACUUUUAGUUACUCGUUUGAUAUUUUUACUAACAAUAACUUCAGCAGUCGGGUAGAUCCCAGUCUGUAUCCACUGGAGAUAAAAUUGAUGGAUAUGAUCUACAUGGGUAUUGCAGCUCAUUCUGCUCUCCCUGAGGUCCGGCUCUUUGUGGAGUAUUGCAGAGCCACUCCAGAUGACAACCCAUACAGUGCCCUAUUUUAUGACAUCAUUAAAGAAGGGUGUAUUAUGGAUGACACAGUUGAGGUUUAUCAAAGUGAUUCAAGAACGUAUGACUUUGGGAUCCACGCUUUCAAGUUCACAGGCGGCUACAAUGAGGUGUACAUUACCUGUUCUGUGAUUCUGUGCGCGGAAGGAAGUUCAAACUCAAGAUGCGCCCAAGGCUGCCUCAGAGAACCCGCACACAAACGCAGACGAGACGUGAGCAAAGAAACCGCCAGGCAUUACAUCAAGCAGGGUCCCUUCCGUGUGGUGAGACAAACUCAGCAUUCAGCAGCAGCUUCACAAAAUGGUGAUUCUCUUCAUGUCAGUGCAGGCACCGGGGUCUUUGCGGGACUCUUCAUAAUCUCCAUUGUGGUGCUGGCGGGAUUGUUGGUGUAUAAAGCCAAAAAAACAAGAGCACCUGAUCGCAUGUAUCUGAUGUCCAACUUCUAA